GCCAGCCAGUCGCUGGCAUAAACAAAAUAAGACUGGCGCUUGCCAUAUGCUUGUGCCUUGCUGGUGCAUUAUUAAUUAUGUGGCGAUGGUUAUAAGGAUAACUUGCAGUACGGUUGUUUCUUCUUGAAUUAAAGCAGUCACCUCCAGACGUGUCACAAUAGCGGCGGUAGGCAGACUAAGGUGUGAGCUCGAGCGAGGGACAAUCUGCUAACAACUUACCUGUAUUUCGGGAUCACAAAUCUGUGAGGUUUCCUCCUAGAACAUUGGGGAAUGUGCGAGUACUGCUAACUUUCUACAUUUUCUGACAUUUAUAUUUGAAGGAUGAGUGAGCCGGCAGAAUUCUCGGAAGAAAACAAUGUCAGUGCUGGGUCGCCCACAAGUAAGUCGGAAGACACCCCCAGACCGCUGAGCGCUGAUAAUGAGACAGGUCCCCUGUCCCCAGCUUCGAGUUGCUCCACUCCUCCGGCCUCCGUCACAGUCUCCACCAGCAAAGCCCCCGUGAACACCAGCCUCAACUACCCCCGCCAGAACCAUGUUACCAAUGUCAUGCUGGUAGGCAUCCCAAUAGUCUCCCUGUUCAUUGAUGGCAAAGAGCGUCUCUGUCUUGCCCAGAUUUCCAACACCCACCUCAAGAGUUAUUCGUACAAUGAGAUUCACAACCGCCGUGUCGCCUUGGGCAUUACCUGUGUACAAUGCACACCGGUUCAGCUGGAGAUCCUCCGGCGAGCCGGGGCCAUGCCCGUAUCAUCUCGUCGUUGUGGCAUGAUCACCAAGAGGGAGGCUGAAAGACUUGUCAAGUCCUUCCUGGAGGACAACACCCCACCCAAGCUGCCGGAAGACUUCAGCUUUGAUGUACAACAUGAUUGUGGUUGGGGAUGCCGCGGCUUCUUCGAGCCGUCCCGUUAUAAUAGCUCCCGUGCAAAGUGCAUCAAAUGUAGAUUUUGUAAUAUAUAUUUCUCCCCAAAUAAAUUCAUAUUUCAUUUCCAUCGGGCUCCUGACGCCAAGUACAAUCACCCGGAUGCAGCAAACUUCAACUCCUGGCGGCGUCACUUGAAGCUGACGGAGGGGGCUGCUGACGAUAUAACGUUUCUGUGGGAAGACGUCAAGGCCAUGUUCAAUGGUGGCAGUCGCAAACGUGUUCUCUCAUCGUCAAUAGCGAGUACGUCCUCCUCUAACUCUGUAACCAAAAAGGCAAAAAUGCCGACAGACACUACCUACAUGUCGGCCAAACCGUUCACUAACCAGUAUCAAACAUUCGGCAUGUUUUCUCCACAUAGUAAACAAUACCAAUAUGGCCCUGUGAACAAUUCCUUUGGGUAUACCCAACCACCACAUAACAAAGAACCUGGAGAUCCCCACAAAUCAGUCAUGUCGCCAUCCCCUUGGGCGGCACAAAGCAAUGUUGGUUUUCCCUCUUAUGAUAUGUUUUGGGCAAAUACCCUUGCUCUGUCACGUUCAGGGGCCAUACGGAAUGGUUACUACUCUAACAUGUCUAAACACAUGUUAACAGACUCUUUUGCACGCGCAACUGGACAAUCGGAUAAGAAACUUUCCAAAGAAGAUGACAUAAAUGACAACAAGGCCCACACUGAUCGACUCUCAGCCUUUCGACCCGUUGGUCGUACUGCGCAUGUGCAGUCAGGUGACCAAUCAGGAUCCGAGCGGGCGGAGAGCUGUGCGAGUCCCGAUGAUGAAGAGAAUGAAGAGAUUGACGUCACCUAUGAUACCGACGAUGAUGAACGUUUGAGUGGAUCGGACGAUGACGUCACAAAGACAGAUUGUGACAUCUCCAAGGAUACAUGUGAUGACGUGGCAACUGGGGAAAAUCAGGAAAUCACAGAGGACAAAGCACAGGAGGGCGAUCCCCAAGAGGUGCGGAAAGAAGAAACAAACAACAAUAAAGGAGAAGUGCAGGCCCUCGAAGACGUUGCCGAGAGGACAAUGGCUGACUCAGGUAUGUCAGAUCAAUCUGACUCUGAGGCUGAGAAGGAGCUGGUUCAUUUUACUAAAGAGGAACUGUAUGAGCAGUGGAAGAAAGAAUCAGACAACCGCAGGAGAGUAGAAAAGGAGGUGUCUGCCAUGAGAGAGACUUACAGCGAACAGGUCAGUCGCGAGAAGUCGUACCGAGAUGAGAUGGCACACCAACUACAGGUUGUUAGAGAUACUCUCACCACGGAGUUGGAACAGGAAAGGAAAGUUCGCUUUGCACUCCAACAAAAGCUGAAAGAAGCGCACGAUGCUCUCCAUAGCUUCUCCUGCAAGAUGCUGGCGUCUCGACAGUGCGACGAGUGUUCAUACAAGGAGUCCCCUUUGCCCCGCUGACAACCUCCUGUUCUGGCGGGGACGACUAGGACAUCACUUGCAUCGUCCUCACAACGGCAUUUCGCCUGUCUGGCUCAACGCCUGACCAUCAGUAUUUCCAAUCAGCUGAUGAGAACAAAACACAUCCCCGUAUCUUGUGUUAAUCAUUACCACGGACAACGGGACUUUCAGACAGUUUGUGUCAAUUAUUUAACCAAGUACAACCACAGAGUUCCCUUUCAGGCUCCCUAAUAACGUGCAUAUACAGUUUCGUCUUUCUUGUAAUAAAUAAUGGUAAAUGCUCUAGCAGUAUAGCCUACACCGAUUACGUUAUGUGACGGUAAAUCGUAUGAAUAUUAAUGUUAUUUGUACAAAGCCCCAUGUAUAAGUGCUAUGCCGUCAUCCGGUGUAUAUUAUGUCAUAUUUAUUGUAAAUCUUAAUAUAUUGAUAAUGUACAUAUAGCUGUUGUGAGCAUGCCAGGUUGCUCUGAUGUACAGGUGAUAGAAGGAAGAACUAUUGUAACAGACAAUCUUUGUUGAUGUAAAAUGAAUAGAUUUAAUAAAUACUUGACUACAUACCCUCGAAA